UAUUGUUAGGGUUUUUUUGGGUUCUUCUGUCCCACUGAGACAAAGGGAGUCUGGUACAAUGGGUUCAAUCGCCGAUCCCGGCGGUGAGUUCGGCGAGUGGACUCAGCCUCCGCCGCCGAGCUUUGACGAGUUCCAGAGGCAAACCUCCCUCAUGACGAGCUGUACUCUGCUAUGGAAAGAGCUGUCCGAUCACUUCUCGUCUCUCGAGCAAAACCUCCUGAAGCAGUCCGAGGCUCUGAUGAACAAGAUCAGAACUCUGGACUCUCAGACCAGGGACUCCCUUCAAGUCCUCGAGAACCGCGAGGUCACAAUCGCCAAUUCCGUCUCCGCCGCCCUCGACAAGGUCCAGCAGUGCAAGGCGGCCGCUCUCGACGCCGUCGGCGACGGCGGUGGAGAAGGCGAAGUUGAUGACGGCGAGGGUUUGCUGUUGAAACUGAGGAAUUUGUGUACGAAAAUGGACGCUGAGGGUUUCUGGAGGUUCGUGACGGCUAGGAAGAAGGAAUUGGACUCAAUGAGGGCUCAAAUGUCGGUUGCCCUAGCUGACUGUGUCGAUCCGGCGAGGUUCGUUUUGGAGGCGAUUUCGGAGGUGUUUCCAGUGGAUAAGAGGUCGGAGAAGAGCGAGAGAGUGAAUGAUUUGGGAUGGGCUUGUGUUCUGAUACUGGAAUCGUUGAUUCCGGUCGUGAUUGAUCCAAUUUUGGGGAAUUCGAGGCUUAUGGUGACGCCGCGCAUGAAGCAACGAGCGAAGGAGAUAGCUGAUACGUGGAAGGCGAGCUUGGACCAGCGCGGUGGAAUCGAGAAUGUGAAGACUCCCGAUGUGCACACGUUUUUGCAGCACCUAGUGACUUUUGGGAUUGUGAGGAAGGAAGACAUUGAUUUGUAUAGGAAGCUUGUCGUUGGGUCUGCUUGGCGGAAGCAAAUGCCGAAGCUUGCUGUGUCUCUGGGUUUGGGUGACAAAAUGCCUGAUAUGAUUGAAGAAUUGAUCAGCAGGGGUCAGCAGGUUGAUGCAGUCCAUUUUACUUUUGAAGUUGGCCUUGAGAACAAGUUUCCCCCCGUCCCACUGCUGAGGGCUUUCCUGAAGGAUGCGAAAAAAGCUGCUACUGCUAUUUUGGAGGAUCAUAACAAUUCUAGCCGAGUGUAUCUUGCUGCACGCAAGGAGCAGUCAGCACUUCGGGCUGUCAUCAAGUGCAUUGAAGAGUACAAACUCGAGGCAGAAUUCCCUUCAGAACAUCUCAAGAAGCGCCUUGAACAACUAGAAAAAACCAAGAGUGAGAAGAGAAAGCCAUCUACUGUUCCGGCUAACAAAAGAACCCGAGCGAACAAUGGUGGCCCAAUGCCACCCGCAAAGGCCGGCCGCUCGACUAAUGCUUACGUAUCGUCUUUUCCAGCACCACCUACAUUUGUCAGGUCUCCCUCGCACACUCAAUACCCGUAUCCUGCAUCCCCUACCAUGUAUGGCAGCAGGAGCCCUCCAACCAACCCUUAUGCGUACUCACCUGAAGCAGCCUCUCCUCCUCUUGUCGGGCCAUACCCAGGAGCUCCGAUGAACUAUGCUCCGUACGGAGGCUAUGGCAAUGGUGUUGCACCAAUGGCCUAUCAGGCAGCUUACUACCGAUAGACAUGACUGCUUUCUCUGAAGAUGGUGACACUGAUAUGAUGAUAACCCUAAUCCCAAACUUCCGAAUGGUCUGUAAUCACUAACCUUUUAAUGGUAGCGAUGUAUGGUAGCAAUGUAUGUGUGUUAUAAUCCUUAAUGCUGACCUUAAUCCUUGAUCCUGACUUUAUUUCAAGGACAGGUUCUCUUUCUAAUGUUGAUUAAACUUGUAGUACUUACUAGGUGAUUGUGGAAAGUAAUUAAGAAAUAGCUUCUUAACAAAA